AUGGCGUCCAAUGAAAUGUCCAGCUGCUGUAUCAUCGGUUCCAUUCACGAAGGCCAAGCCAGGGGCGAGAUCAAGGACAUCGGCGCCAUCUCAGCCUAUUUUGCAAAUCCUUCCAACGGAUCUACCGAAAAUGCGGUUCUUAUCCUCACCGAUGUGAUAGGUCACAGGCUUAUCAAUGCCCAGCUCAUUGCAGACCAAUUCGCCGCCAAGGGUUACUUUGUUGUGAUGCCAGAUCUCUUCAACGGCGAUACUGUCCCAAUCAACCGACCAGAGGGGUUUGAUAUCAUGGACUGGGUGAAAAGCCAUUUGCCACCGCAGACGGAGCCCAUCAUCGAUAUAGUACUCACAGAGAUGCGCGAGUCCUUCGGUUGCAAGCGUAUCGGCGGUGUAGGCUAUUGCUAUGGCGGCAAGUAUGUCUGCCGGUACCUGAGGCCGGGUAAGCUGGAUGUUGGGUUUACCGCGCAUCCGACUAUGGUCGAGGCAGGUGAACUGAAGGGCAUCGAAGGACCCUUGAGUAUUGCCGCUGCUGGUGAGUAUCCAAUUUUGUUUUUCUUUGAUUUUGCUACUAAACGGCACGAAAGUGAGCAAAUCUUGGACAAGCUGGAUGUUCCAUAUCAGAUAAAUUUGUUCUCAGAUGUGGAUCACGGGUUUGCUGUCCGCUGUGACUUGUCUAAGCCGCGACAGAAGUUUGCCAAGGAGCAGGCACUCAGCCAGGCUAUGGCAUGGUUUGACCACUACCUUAUGAGAUGA